GGACUCCACCAGUCUCCCAGCGGUUCCCGGGGGCCGCGUAGCCACGCUGAACCGUACCACCGGCGAGACGGACAUUCGUCUUUCGAUCAACCUCGACGGCGCGGGCGUCUACGAAGUGACACCGGCAACGGCUUCCUCGACCACAUGGUCAGCCAGAUUUCCCGCCACGGCCUGAUCGACAUCACCCUCAAGGCUGAAGGGGACCUGCACACCGGCUGGCAUCAUCUGGUCGAAGACGUGGGCAUCACGCUGGGGCGCGCCCUGAACGAGGCAAUAGGAGACGCCCGCGGCAUCCGCCGAAUGGGCCACGCCAUCGUGCCACUCGACGAAACGCUGGCGAUGGUGGCCCUCGACUGCUCAGGGCGCGGCUACGCCGUCAUCGAGACCACCAUAGACGACUCAAUGGUCGAGACCCUGCCUGGUUCGCUGGUGCGACACUUCUUCGAGUCCAUCGCGCUGGAGGGCAAAAUCAACCUCCACGCCAAAAUCCUCACUGGCAUCGACCCUCACCACACGCCGACUCUGCAGUCCCUGCUCGCUCCCUCCUCACUCCCUAUCCAGACCCUCGCUCCCACCGCCGACCCCAAACCAAAAACACACAAACAACAACACACCCCACACACCCCCCCAAAAACCCCCCCCCCAACACCCACCCCCCAAACACGACCCCUCCCCACCCACAACACACAACACACAAAACCAACCCCAACCCCCCCAACCCCCCCCAACCCACCCCAAAACCACAACCAACCAAAAAACCCCAAAACCAAACAAAAAACAAACACCCAAACCAAACCCCCCCCCCCCCAAACAACCCACACACCAACCCCAAAAAACAACCAAGGGCACCUCACCGCUAGCUGA